AUGUCGGUCAGAUCCAUCUCUACUAGACAAUCAGGAAAGCGCUCAGCGCAUGGAAAUGCAUCAUCCCCAAGCACUCGAAGCUUUCGCGGAGGUCAUGAACCUAAACCGACCGAUGUAUUCAUUGCUGUGAUGGGUGUCACUGGCUCAGGGAAAAGUUCGUUCAUUUCGCUUUGCUCGGGCAAGUCCGUCCAAAUUGGGCAUACACUUGAUGCAUGCACCGCUAAAGUCGACGUAUACGCGUACAAGGCAUCACCCGACCGAACUGUUUAUUUGAUUGACACGCCCGGCUUUGACGAUACAUCAAAGAAUGACACCGAGAUUCUCAGUGAGAUUGCGACAUGGCUUGGCGCUUCAUAUAGAAGCAAAAUUCUACUCCACGGAAUCAUAUACCUGCAUCGUAUCACUGACGUACGGAUGCAAGGUUCCGCGAGGCGGAAUAUCCAGACAUUCAGAGACUUGUGCGGUGAGGACGCUCUGAAGAAAGUGAUCCUUGUCACAACCAUGUGGGAUAAAGUCCAAAGCAGCGAGGGCGACAUGCGGGAAAAGCAGUUGAAGGACACGAAGGAUUUCUGGGGCUGGAUGCUGAGCAAAGGCAGCACCUGCCAUCGGCAUGAUAAUACCGAGACUACGGCGAGAGAUAUUGUACACCGGCUAGCGAAACAAAAGAACCCCAUAAUCACAGAUAUACAAAAACAACUUGUCGAUCAGAAUCUCCAACUUGAUCAGACAGCUGCCGGAAAAGGGAUACAAAGCGAGACGCUUAAAGAGAGAGCCAAAUGGAUGAAGGAACAACAAAAGUUCGAAAAAGAGAGACGAGAGGCAAUGCGACAAAAGGACCGCGAGAAAGAAGAAAUAAUGCGCGAGGAGCGUGAUAUGAGUGCGGCAAUGAUCAGGAAGGCUAACCAGGAUAUGGAAGCCAUGCGCUUAAAUAUGGAAGAACUUGUCGCCCAGCGAGAGGAGCGCGAGGCACUCUUGGAAAAGCGUAUAGAAGAGCGGCUGGAGAAGCAGAUGCAAAAGAAGCAGGCUGCUCAUGACAAAGAGAUCAAACGGAUUCAAAGAGAAAAAGAGGCCGAGAUGAAAAAAUCAAGAGAACAGGAGAAGCAAGCCCAACGCGAUCGAAAAAAGUUGGAAGAGAAAAGAAGGGCGGAGCAGCAGAGAAAGGCGGAACAAGAGAGGAUAUCCGAACAGGAGAGAAAGGCAAAGGCUGCUGAAGCCAAUCGCCAGUCGCAAAACUCUUCAUCGAAGGUUCAAGGGUGGUCCCCCUAUUCGGUAACUAUAGGAGAUCACAGUUGCGCUGUCAGUGGGCCAAGAUAUUACAAGGCCUCUAUGGAUGGCUGGCCAAAAGUGCAGGCUGGCUCGGAAUGGAUUGGUGCUGUCAGUUUUGGGAGUUCCGGCGCAUGGAUUGCUCGUUACGGAGGAGGAACUUGGAAGUACUCACUCCCGAACUACCCAAUUCUCGCAGGCAAGCUUGCCCAUCACGGAGUCAAGAAUCUUGAAUUUUGUGUCCUCGGGCCUGGACAAACGUACUAUGCCCGGUGGGUGAAUGGGGUCUGGUGGAGCCAAGCAUCAGAACAGAUCAACAACUAUUUGACGGAAAUUGCCAAUCGAUUGGAUGGUUCUAAAGUUCUGGCCAUGGCCGUUGGAUACAAUGACACCUAUGUUAUUUCAUUUGGAUGGGCUACCGGAUCGACUAUCAGGGGAAGCUCCGGCCAUCGAAAAGAUUUGAAAGGAUACUACUCGGAUCUAAACCAAUUCGCCAACGCAAGUAGUCCUUUGGAUAUAGUGGUGAGUCUCCCCAAUUGCCUUAAUCAGAUCUCGGAAAUCUCACUUUACAACAGGCCAUUGCACUUGACCCGGACAGCACGACAGAUUAUAUAUUAA